CGUCUGCUAGUGCCAGCCGCCUGUGAGGGGAGAGGCUGAUGAAGUAUUGAUGGUCACAUAACAUCCUCUCCUGCACACCACAUCUUGCUUCACUGUUGCAGUUGAACCAUAACAUAAAGUGACAAUGGGAUACAGCAUACGAUUCAGGAAAAGAUUUAUGCCGCGAUCUUUUGCGGAUCUGAGUGCCAUGGUGUUCAUGUUGCUGGCUAUACCUUCUGUGUACUGGUUUGAGGUUUAUGUUGUGGGUCCAACAAUAUAUAACAGGACUCUGAAUAUUCUUCAUGUUAUUGUUGGAACGUACAUGGUGAUCAACAUCAUUGGUAACUUUAUGGCAGUUAUCGCUGUGGACACAUCAACACAGGGAUUAGUGUUACCAUCACAGGUACCUCCUGGAUGGCAUGUGUGUGCUAACUGUGAGAGUACUGCACCACCUCGUUCACGUCACUGCAUUACCUGUAAUGCUUGUGUGAUGAAGAAAGAACAUCAUUGCAUCUUUACUGGAUGUUGUGUUGGUCUUGGAAAUCACAGAUACUUCUAUAUAUUCCUCUUCUUGAUGUGGGGAUCAACACUGUAUUGCUCCUUCCUGAAUUCUUUCUUCAUUUGGCCUUAUGUAGGCGGAUUCAAUAUGUGGGCUUUUGUACGUCUGGUAUUGCCUGGUGUGUGGCUGCUGUUGGAGCCAUCACUGGACACCCUCUAUGCCUUCUUGUUUUCCAUUAAUGUCAUCGGCUUUCUCUUCAUGUCCGUUCUUAUGUAUUACUACACCGGACUGCUGAUAAUGAACAUGACCACUCAUGAAAAUAAUCAUCGUAAAGGCCAAAAAUAUGAUCAUGGAAGAGAGCAUAACAUAAAGGUGACAUUAGGAGAACGGUGGUAUUGGACGUGGGUGUUUCCCACGUUAUCUUCCCCCUUGCCUUAUGACGGCUUGGAUUGGUCUUUGCAGAGUGGGGAGAAAAGUGUUCGCCCCAAAACUAAGUGAAGCAUCAGUAUUGUUAGUAAUCGUUCCUGCCACUCAUGUUAAUGCCAAAUGUCAGACCAAGGCUACUGUGAUCGGCUGGAAGUACAAAAUACUUAUAAGUUUCACUAACUGUACUGUAUUGAGAUGCACUUUGUACUCUAGUUCUCGUAAGUAUUUGUCUGCUUAAAUUUUUUUGCAUUUGACCUGUCACAAUUUUAUGUAGGAUAAGUAAAAAAGUAAUGUAUAAGUAUAAGGAAAUUCAGUAUAUAUAUAUUUAUAUAUAUAUAUAAUUUAGAAAUGAGACAAUUUAAUGCUUGUUUCAUCUACUUGCUUAAUUCUUAGAUAACAUUGCCUGUUUUGAGGAAGAUGGCUCAGGUAACUUUUUCAGCUAGAGAUGUUUUCACAGCUUUAAUGAUCUUUUAUCCUUUAUCCUCUUCGCCACUUAUGGGUUUGUUAGC